AUGGGCUGCUGCCAAGACAAGGACUUUCAGACCUCCGAUGAUCAGGCUAAGGAGGCUGAUUCGGAGGAAGUCGAAGGCACCGAAGAGGUCGAUAUGGACUCGCCGGACCAAAAGACUCUCAAGUCGAACGAAAGCCUUCUGAUCACCGUGCUGUGGCGGCGGCUAUCCCUGUGCAGCCGUCGGGGCUCUCGUUCAAACAAGAGGCACUCAGUCCAGAGUCAAAAGCAUGCGUUACAGCAGAGCAACCGGGAGGGGAUCCUGGAGGAGCCGGAGAAGGGGUGA